AUGACUUCGAAGUCUAAGCCCGCCAUGAAUCCCACAGUGGAGGAUGAAGUUGGCGAUGAUGUCCACGCCAAUCCAAAGGCUAAUCUAAAUACCAAUCCCCAUGCAAAUGACACGCCAGUCCCUUGGUCGGAGAUCUUCUCCCGUCAUGAGGCCGUCCUGUGCUCUCACCUCGAAAUGCUGAGCAUGGUGAAGGAGCAGAUUGCUCCGGAGGUCAAUGGGUUCCAGACCGUCUCGUCAAUGGUGAACAAAACAGUACUGGCGAUGAACCAGCUGAAGAUAGCUAGAAAGCAUAUGAUGAGCAGUAAGUCCCACCAAACUCCUACCCUGGAAGCAAGAAAGCAACCUACCCCACCCUUUUACCAAGCAAUAGAGACAGAAAUUGACAUGACGGCUUUAGAAAACGCUACAUCCUCAACCUCCAGUUCCUCCAGUUCCUCCAACCCCACACAGUCCACUGACACAGAGGCCAAUACUCGCAAGAAACGACGCAGAAUCUCUCGAGACAACGACACAGCCCGUGCCGACCCCACGGACGAAAUACGAGCUUCCAAACGACACCGUGACUCUUCCUCCCAGCCAACAACCGAGCGAGAUGGAGAGUUCACGUCGACGUCACUUGGAACAGAGGAUAUUUCGGCGGAAGUCCAGCGACGCCUGAAAAUCAAGGAGGAGCAACGUUUUAAGAAAGAGAACCCCAAAGCGGAUAAACGCAAGCGCGACAGUCUCGCGUCGAAUGAAGGCGAAUCAUCAUCUGUUGCGUGCAGGCCUCAGAAGAAAAGGCUUAGGCUGGAGAACGGGCACAAGAGACAUGGUGAUUUGGUGGACAAUGACGCGGAUUCUCCAAGGAAGAAACGACGCAAAUCGCCUUAA